AUGCCGGUCUCAAAGCCACACCAAGCAGCUGCGGGUAGAUUCUUCGUUUUGUUCGAUAAUUGGGCAACAACCAUUGCACGAAAACGACUCUUAAUAUGGGGUGCUGCCCAUGUGCACCAUGACGAUGGUACCAAAAGCGCUGAUGCAGCCUGGGGGCCUGAGGACCCCCACGAUUGGCCCACAAUCGCCCUGGAAGUGGGGUUUAGCGAAACGCAAUGGAAAGUCGUUGAAGACAUGGACUUUUGGACAAGAACCGGAGUUAACGUCUCAUUGACUGUUUGCGUGAUGAAAUCGAAGCUGGUCGUCGAGAGAUGGAGAAAAGAAGACCCAAAUAAACCACCUGUGCCGACAGACAAAAUAAGCAUUUCACGAGAUACACCUAAACCACGAAUCGAAGGUUCUAUACGAUUUGCCUUCAAUGACGUGUUUUCGAAGUCACGACCUGAUCAGAAAAAAGAUUUCAUUCUCACAGAUGCCAUGUUUUGUGAGGUGGCUUUGACUGUAUGGGCUCAAUAUGAUAUCUAUGAGGAGAAAGAGGCACGCAAAUCUUGCUAA